AAUUCGCGUCGCGGUGCGCCCGUCCACCAUGUCGGCCAGCGUCGAAACAAGUUUGAAAGAUAAGAUUUGCAGUCACGUCGAGAUCCCCAUACUAACAAGAUGCUGCUUCUGCUUACCCCUGAGAAAAGGUCUCAUCGCCUUCGCCUACAUCAACUUAGUGCUGACAGUGGUGGUGACCACUCUGCUGUCGAUGUACAUCUCCUACAUGAGGUACUCGGAGACACAGCUGCAGGACUCCUCGGAAUACCCUCGACUGAUCGCAGACACCACGGCACUGGUGUUGGAAGUCGGCAUGACCAUCGUCUUCAUAGUGGCUUUACAUUUGAAACGCGUACUUCUCAUGAAGGUUUACCUGUACUUCGAGAUAGUGUUCUCAAUAAUCGGUUUCGUGUACAGCAUCGCUUUCCUCACCAGGGAAACGGCUAGCGAGCUGUUCCUGAUACUUUUCCAACUGGUGGUACAAAUCUAUCUGGUGAUCUUAAUUUGGAGUUCCAUAGUGAAGAUGAAGAGAGACGGAACCGUGAAGUACACCCGCGAUCAGGACCUCGCAUAGUGAUAAUCAUAAAGUAUCAUAAAGUAGCUUCUUAUUUAGGUUAAUUAAGUUACCGAAUAAUAUUAAGCUAUAAUUUUUCCCAAUAUUUGGCUGUACGGUGACAUACCUUUGCCUUUUCGAACGGGAACUAAAAAAAAUUGUCCAAGCUCUUUAGUUCGUAUCCGUGGAAAUUGAUUAAACAUAUAAUAAUUAAGAACAUACAGAAACCGUGUAUACGACUUAUAUUGAAGUACAGAAUCACUCCACUCAAGUAGUGUUUCUUAAACAGGCGGUUAUUCCAUUUAGCAGUUCACAGUAAUUAUUUUACCUCUAAUGUUCUAAACAUUUACAUGGGGAAAAAUUUGUGAGCUAGCAACAUUCAGCGAAGUGCAAUAAUUGCUGAAUGAGGGUUUCGUAUAUUCUUAAAUCUGUGUAAUUAAAUUGACUAUUUUUUUUCCUGGUGAUAAAUGCACAUGGUACCCAAACAUAUAUACGCGCAAUUCUAUUGAAGAUAACGUAUAUUUUUAAAGCUAACUAUGAAUUAAUAUACGAUGUACAAAUUGUAAGCUUUCGGAAUAUAGUAAUUUAAAAUCUGUGAUUGCUACUAAAAUUCUAAAGAUAGGAUAGACAGAGUCUGCUUUUGUAAAAAAAAAAUACAG